GUUCAGAACAUUUAUCAAAGUUAACUGAACGUACUUCAGUUUUUUUCAAAGGAAAAUUGGUUUUUAAAGAGAACUUGCCACUCACAAAAUGGCGGACGCGUUUAGGUAUGGCAGUGUGCCGUCUACAUUUCGCCGAUUUAUUUUGAAAUCGGAAGUUUUGCAUUUACUUCGUCCCCAUUGGCGGGAGCGUGUCAGCUGACUUUGUUUCCUGUUGGGAGAGGAAAAGUUUUGAAACCCCACCCUCCGGCACAGUGGCUGUAAGCUACGACGUUGGAGUGGUCCGAGGUGCUGGCCGCUGAAGGCUGACCGAGGAAGAGGAACGGAGUAAGAACUUCUAACGGAACAGUUCCGCAGUUUUGACACCGUCUUUAUGAAGCGGAGCACCGAAGUGACCCGGGCCCGGCGCUGGUCUCCCAACAAGAACUAAAGUUAUCUGGAAUAGUUUGUUUUUCUUUCUUUCGGUUUUUUCCCUCCUCAGGACUGAAAAGCCAAGCAGAUUUGGAGAGCUCUUCCUGUUCCCAGAGUCGGCGCCUCGCAGUUUAUGUAUGAGCUCCUUCAUAACACAGCCAGCAUGGAUGUUGUGGCGCACGGGAAUGCGGGAUUUCCUGUGUGGUCACCGCAGUGUUGCGUUCAGACGCACUUUUUGGGUCCUCGGGCUUAAGUAAUGAACAGUGGUCAGCGCUUGAAACUUGUCGUAAAGCACUGGUUGGCUGGACUGAAUGCUCCUUUUCCUGCUAUUCUUCUCCUCCUCUCAGCGCUUCCUGCUUAUGGUGGCCACUGCUCUUAAUGGCUAAAAAUACAUAAAAACCGAGUAUGAACUACCAAGUGUGUGGGAAAUGUUGAUUUGGACUCUUAUCUGUAAGCGGUUUCAUUCCUGAACAUUAAUUUUGAACUUUGACUCUUCGUACUUGCUGCCCAACAGGUGGUUGUUCUGAAUGAGGAGGGGAAAGGAGGACAAAUUCAGUCAUAAUGAGUUGAUUCCAGAGUCUUUUAAACACAGGAUGAUGAGAUGAUAAUCUACUCAAGCCAUGUGCGGGGAAACCACACACCACAUCAAUCUUUCAGAGAGUUAAUCACUGCUGACUUUUAGAUAUUUGAUAAAUGCUACGAAAAGCAAACCAUCUGAGGACUGCUGAAAUGGAAAGAUUUGAGUUUAAUCCAAGAACAAAUGGAAGACAUUUCACUUUCAUUUGUCCCUGAAUCCUGAAGCCCACCUGUUGGUCUGACUUUUGAACACACCUCAUUGGUCCCUGAUGAGACAACAACAAAGACAGGAAAGGGAGCAAGGUGCAAUAAAGUACUCCUUUGUACUUUAUUUUCAGACCCCUGGAGUGCGCAGUCGGAUCCAGUCAGGCAAUAUAGUGGAGGUUUCAUGGAGCCGCUGAAGAACAUAUUCAGUCGUAGCUCGCUGUCGAACUGGAAGAACUUGGAUCAGUCCCAAAAAGGGAACUUCACCAACCCUGUAUGGACGGUCUUGUUUGACUAUGAGGCCUCUUGUAAAGACGAGCUCACCUUGCGUAAAGGUGACCUGGUGGAGGUUCUCUCUCAGGACUCUGAGAUAUCUGGGGAUGAGGGUUGGUGGGCAGGUAAGGUCAACAACAAGGUGGGCAUCUUCCCAUCCAACUACGGCUCCUUCAAGCCUAGUGGAUAUGCCAAGCUACCAGGUACCAGCGUAGUGGAGGAGCUGAACCGUGCUGUGGUUGGCACCGUCGAUCCCGAGGAGGUGGAUUUCCGUGAGCUGAGCUUGGAGGAGGUGAUUGGGGUUGGGGGCUUCGGGAAAGUGUAUCGAGGUACAUGGAGGGGAGAGCUGGUGGCCGUGAAGGCGGCCCGGCAAGACCCGGACGAGGACAUCAGUGUGACAGCGCAGAACGUGAAGCAGGAAGCCCAUUUGUUUGCCAUGCUCACCCACCAGAACAUCAUCGCCCUGAAGGGGGUGUGCUUGCAGGAGCCCAACCUGUGCCUCAUUAUGGAGUAUGCCUCGGGUGGGCCACUGAGCCGGGCGCUGGCCGGCCGCCGCAUCCCUCCUCACGUCCUGGUCAACUGGGCCGUGCAGAUAGCAAGAGGGAUGGUGUACCUGCACAAUGAAGCCAUCGUGCCGGUCAUCCACCGGGAUCUCAAGUCCAACAACAGUAAGUCCUUAAAGUCUUUCAACUAUAAGUCUUUCAACUUAUAG